UGGGUUUAUUAAAGACUCUUCUGUACAAAGAAUAUGUCUUUAAUUUUUCACUUUUGAAUUGUGCCACUGAGUUAGCCAAGAUGGGUCUGUUCUAAGAAAACCUAUUUCAUAGGCCUUUGUGCAUGAUUUACAAAUAGAAAUACUGUUGCUGAAAUUCUAUCCUGUGAGGCUUUGGCUUUUCUAUAAAGUACUGUGUGAACAUGUUUUCCUUGCAUUUCCAUUUUUGGUUUUUUGUUUUGCAUCUUCUGUGCUUAUUUAGGUGAGAUUUUAAUUAUUCCAUUAUACAUUGUGUAUGUUAUAAAGGAGGAAAUGAAACUGGUGCCCAUAGAUGCAAGUUGUUUUGUAGCACCUAUAGCAGUAGUGAGCAAAACAUGAAACGUUUUGUAAUUUUAUAAAUAACAUUCCUAUGUGUUGUAUGUAUCUCACUUAGAUUAGUGAACUGAUAGUUUUCAGGGUAGAACAUAAUACGAAGUAUAUAUAAAAAGUUUUUGUAGUCCUCAUUGAUUGUGCCAGCGGUGUGAUGCGGUAUGAAACAGGUGCCCUGUUAAUUCUUUUGACACUUGGACCAGAAUCAUUACAGUUAAUAUUUGAAAGCUGCUAGACAGAUAUGUUUAAUAAUUUUUUAAAAUUCUCUAGUCUUAGAAACUAUCUCUCUGGUUUAGUGAGUUUAUGGUCAAUGAAUUCUGGAAAUACAGAAGGUUCUUUAUAUAAAGUCAGUGUUACAUGUUACACACUGAGUGUGCCAGUGUUUUGCAAGAAACUUGUUUUUAGUAAACGCCCACUCUCAGUAAUUAGUGGUACAUUUGUUUAUAGCCCACGAAUGGACACAUUACCCAAAGAAGCAAAGCUUUUGAAGCUGGUGAGGGAUAGGAACAUCUUUGGGAAUACGUAGGAUAAACAGUGUAUUGACAAUACAUGUCCUCUGUGGACGUGUUUGUUUUCAGUCUGGGAAAUUCAGUUCUCCAUAUAAAUUACUUUCCGAGUGGGGCCAGGGGCCCAGAGGAUGGGGAAACAAAUGGGUGAGAGUUUGGGGGUAGGGAGGAGUUGCAGACAUUUAAUAUUGCCAUAGAAAAGUCUAAAGCGCUUGCUUCAGAGUAAAGGAACCUAGGCAGUUUCAAAGAGUGGGAAUAGAGGAAGGCAUGUCAGAGUGAUAAUUUCUGCUGUUAGAUUCUAGGGAAUAAAGUAGGGUAAUUGGUCUGCCUUCACAGGAUUGUGAGGACUAAAAGGGUGUGAAAAGGUUUUGUGAACUGUUAGAACCUACUGAAGUGCAGGUUAACACCUUGUUUAGAAAACCCACCUCCUAAAAGAUGGUGUCACCUAUAAGGUACUGUCCCCUAGAAGGCUAACCAACCUUUGAAAGUCUGGGCCCCACCCAACUGGUUCUACAAAAAUUCACCUCAUGUAAAUUUACAUUUGUGCCCUUCAGUGUUCCAGCAUUAUAAGAUCUUACACUAGCUACCCUGGUUUUCUUUUUCUUUUUUUUUUUUUAAGAUUUUAUUUAUUUAUUUGAGAGAGAAUGACAUAGAGAUAGCAUGAGAGGGGGGAGGGUCAGAGGGAGAAGCAGACUCCCCGCUGAGCAGGGACCCUGAUGUGGGACUCGAUCCCGGGACUCCAGGAUCAUGACCUGAGCCGAAGGCAGUCGCUUAACCAACUGAGCCACCCAGGCAGCCACUACCCCGGUUUUCAAGUCAUGAAGCUUAGUUACUGCAUUCACUGAUCUUUAGCAGGUGUUACCUCAUAUUGCUUAUCUUUGGAAGUUCCUUUACCAUAGGCUGGAUUGAGUGCUGACUCUGGAGCCAAAAUGGGUUCGUAUCCAGCCUUCACUUAAUAGCUUGGGCCAGUGAAUCUUUAUCAGUAAAAUGGGGGAGAUUGUCAUGCCUAAUCUAGGAUUUUGAUGAAGAUGUUAGGUGUUUAGAGCAGUUCUGGCUCAAAGUACAAGUAAAUACUAUUUACUACAUAUUGUAACUUGAGCACCUAGCAGGGUCGUACAAAGGAAAAGAGCCUAUGCUUUCAUGUGUCGGUCUAAUUGGUAAGCUAGACAUAACACAAAUAGUGUGAGAUAAGUGCUACAGGGAUGUCUAGGAUGUGUCAGCUUUUUGGGGUGUCUGGAAACCACCUGUAGGGGAAGACUGACAACAUUCUGCCCCCACUGCUUUCCUUUAUAGAUCGGUAUCGAACCAGGCAAAACAUUGCUUUCAUAUGGUUGUCUCCCUUUGCUUGGGUAAAACUUUUUAAGGCCAACCUUUUAAUCCUUUCAACCUAGUAUUUUAUAUGGAGUAGGCAAUAGAUUUUUGUUUCCUAUUGCUGUUUUAACAAAUUACAAACUUGAGUGACUUAAAACACAGAUUUAUUGUCUUUAACAAUUUCAGAGGUAAGGAGUCCUAAAUUGGUUUCCCUGAGCUAAGUCAGGGUGUCAUCAGGCCUGCCUUCCUGCUCUCUGAAGGCUCUACAGGAGAAUCCUUUUUUUUUUUUUUUUUCCAGUUUCUGCAAACCACUUGUAUUUCUUGGCUUAUAGCCCCUUCUUCCAUCUUUGAAGUCUUAAGGACCCUUGUGAUCAAAUUGAGCCACCCAGAUAAUCCAGGAUAAUCUCUCCAUCUCAAAUUCCUUAAUUUAAGUACAUCAGCAAAGUUCCUACCUAGUAGUCCCUACUGUAGGCAGCAUAUUCCAGGAAUAAUGGCAGGGAAAUGUUAGGGAGGGCCAUUCUUUGAUCUUUAAUUUAUAGUUCCCAGCUAUAUUUGUUCUUGUUUCUCAAAAAUGACAAGCUUCUAAUGUAGGGUCUUGGCCCUUGUAAUCUUGUGUCUGAAACACAAGGCCCUCGGGUCUGUGUAUUUCACUUCUUAAUUCUGGAAAAAUGUCUUUUCUGACACAUCUCUUAAUAUAACCCUGUAUUUUUCACAGCAUCUCUUACUUCUGGAAAUACUUUUUCCAUUUGUUCUUGUUGCUUUUCACAGCCACUCCUCAAGGUUUUGAGAAUAUGUACUGAAACUGCUAUAAGGUUUGAGUGUUUGUCUUCUCUGUUCUAGCCCUAGAAUAAUGCGUGGUGCAUUGCAGUCCUUAUGUUUUUGAUUGAGUGAAUCAAGCCUCUUAAGAGCAAUAGGAAUUUAAAUUUUUGAUUUUCCAGUUGUUGGCACAUUGUCCUUGGUGAAUGGUGAGAGGAGUUGGCAGCACUGUGGUGGGUUCAUGGAGACUGUAUGUAUGUAUGUGUGUAUACACACAUAUUACUGUAAAAGACUCAAAGAUGAGUUUUAUUGUGUAGGAAUCUAUUAUGUGAAAAUAGAACAGCAUGUUAGGGGAAUAUAGGAGAUGGUUCAUGCUGUGCAGAUUGGGAAAUUUCACAAAGGAGGUAGAAUUUGGACAACUGGUGAUAGAACAGCUAGAGUCAAGAGUUGGGAGGCAGUGUCAGUGGCAGCUGUGAUAGCUCAGGAUAUGAUAGACUCAAAAGCAGACCAUUUAAUAAUAAACAUUUGAUCACGCAUUGACUGCUAGUGUACACUUAAUCUACAUAGUCCUUGGUUGGUUCUCCACUUUGAGAGCAAUCCCAGAACCGAUUGACUGGGGGGAUGGGUCCCAGGCCUUUCUUUAAAUUCUCCAUGUCAUUUUUAAUGUGCAGCCUAUUCUAUUAGGUAAGUAUACCACUAUCUCCAUUUUUUAGAUGAGGGGUUAACUUUCCGUCCCCCAGGAUCACACAAGUGGUGGGGCAAGUAUUAGGUUCCAGAUCUAAUUUGAGUUUUCUUAACCAGAGAAGCUAGGAAAUGUGAGUGUGGAGCUUGAUGAAAACAGAAAGUGUGUUUGAGAGCAGCUUCAGUUUUGUCGGACCUGAAACCAUCGUUCCUAGGGCUAAACUUGCAGCCCUAUUUGGGGUCAUGAAAUGGAAGCAGAGGGUUUAGAACAUAAUUUGGCAAAAGUAUAGAUGCUAAGGUCCUACCGCACAAGUCAGGGUGCUAGGCUUAUUUACUGGGGAGGGGACACGCACCUAACCUUUCACCAAAGAACCUAGACAAAGGAGACAGAACGUGGAAUUCGGGCGGGCAUGGUGAGGGAACUCGGGGAUGACUAUGUCACUUAACCUAAGAUUGGGAUAGGCAGGUAUUGCUGGGCUGUUUGAAAGUUCCAGACUCAUCAGUACUCUGGAGAACCUGGUUAGUUUGAAUCUUAAAAAUGCAAUCCAGGGAAUUGAACGUCAACCCUGUCUAACUGCCCACUACCCACCCUACAGGCGCAUGGCGCAACUUUCGUGCCCCACUGAACUUGUGCCACGUCUGACUCCCGGACACCCAACCUCAUUUCAGCACCCCCCCCGCCCCCCCCGUAGCAGUGACCCCAAAGGCGGUGGCACCUAUACUAGUUGUCGAGUGAGUCCUAAGCGGCCUUCUAGCCGCCCAGGCGCCUUCCUGGCGCGGCACCCUAACCGUCGGUCCCUGCCGUGGGAAGACUGCGGCAGGUGACCGCGCGCGGAAGGCGGUCCGGAAGCUCCGGAAGCUCCCGGCGCCUGGCAACGCGCGCGCGUCGGGCGGGCAGGGCUGCAGCCACCGGAGCCGGUCGCCGGGCCGGGCGGGGCUGAGCGGCGGGCGUGCCGCGCUCUCGAGCGUCGCCGGGCUGCUGGCAGCCGAGCAUGUUCGCCCCGAGAGCGGCGCCCGUACGAGCGCCAGGCCGCCCUCCCUGCCCUGCCCUGCCGCCGCGGCCAGCCCCGCGCCCCGGCCAGGCUGGGCCGGGGGCUCGGCUCGGCUGCGGGCCGCCCCUGGCUCCCGCGCUGUCCGCUGCCCCCGUUGACCCCGCUGCCGGAGCCUCAGACCUGGGCACCACCGCCACGGUCCAGGCACUCGAAGAAGCCCCUCUCCUCCGAGGUGGAGCUGCGGGGACAGUGAGUGCGGGUGGUCUCCGGAGGACCCCCGGCCUAGCGGGAGCGGGGUGGGGGGGUAGGGUGGGGCGGAGGCCAGGGGACCUUGCAGGGGCAGGGCUGAAGGGGAGGUGGGGCCGAGAGAUCAGCUGGUCAGGCCCCCUUCCAGGCAGGGGGAACUAGCCCAGUGAGGCACAUGGGUCACUCCAAGGAUUCUCUUGACCCUGAGGGGAGCUGCCGGGCGGGGUCGGGUGAAGCAGAGAGAUGGGAACGAGUCCCGGACUCGAGGACCUGCCUGCCGGAUCUGUAUGUUUCCGCACUCCUCAAGCUGGGUCAGGCUAGCACGCGCGUCCCUGCGUCAAGUGGACACGCCCUUACAGGGUCUCCCUCCAACCUGCCCAGGGUUUAAACUGAAGCGGGGUGUGGGCUAGGUGUUUCCCCUCUACCUUUGACUGCCACUGUACUUGCACCCAGCCAUGUGGAGCAGGACUUGGGACACUGACCGUGUUAAUUAGCUCUGGCUCCGUUUUCACAGCCAAUUUAGCUUUGUGCCAUUUCUGAUUUACCUAUAGUUUGUGUGUUUAUUACUUUUUUCAUGAGGGGUUACAAAUACUAGAAAAGAUUUGUGUAAUACAGGUAGUCUGUUCUAUUGUAUGGGUCAUUCUACCCCUACAGCUUUUGGGGUGCCAUAGACAUGAAAACUGGAGCCUCUGUCUAGAGAAAUGCAACUUUGCAACCAUUUUCAGGGUAUUGUACUCUCUGAAGCACAAGAAUCCCUGCUCUUCCAUCUUCAUUGGCUUUUUAUCUACAUUGCUAAUGCAGCAUCUCACUUUCAUCAGCACUGUUGAAAGAAGAAGAAAAAAUGCCAGUCCUCUCUCCUGAAAUCAAAUUUGCUACUUCUAACGUCACCAGAAAUUCCCUUGACAGUUGUUUUCUUUUUGAGAGUAGUUGGAGGAAAGCAGUUUUAGAAACACAAAAGAUGAAGAAAGAAUAUACCACAGCAUUUGGUCUAGAAGAGUUCAAAGAAUGUGUCAAAAUGCCGUAUUUACCAGGACUGCAGAGUUGCCCAAAAAGUGUAAGUUCACCUCCACUGGAAGUUCAUCCAAGACUGCUUCAUGCUGCUACCGAGAUGCCUCCAGUCAGCCAGUCUAGUGAGAACAUGUUGAAUUGCGUGCAAGUAUUUUAUUCUCCUCUGCAUAUUGCACAGCGCCCCGUGAAUGAACAGCCAUGGCAAACCAGGAUAAGGAAGACUAAGAAGGCCUGUACUGUGGUACCACUUCAGGAGAAACCAAAGAGAUUUUUCAGGCAUUCUAAUUCUUCAAUCAAUUUUGGUUCUGGCUUCAGCGAUCCUCUUGCUGGAGCAUCAUCUCAAUACUUACAGAGACUUUCCAAAAUGGCCAUAUUGGAGUAUGAUACCAUUCGUCAAGAAACUACUAGAAAAUCCAAAAAGAGCAAGAAACGAGACCCGUGAGACUGCUGAUAAGUAUCACAUGGUGCAGUGCUUUCUUCACUGAUGUCUAAGGUUUAUAUAUCUUUUCCUUUCUUUUUGAUAUGUAAUAUUAUGUGCAAUGAUUUACAUAAAAAUGGAAAUGUAAAUAAGAAAUAAAUAUUUUAUGUAA